AUGGCUCUUACAAGAAGCAGAACCUUUGCUUCUGGAGAUGAACUGACUCACUUAAUUAACUUUAAACCAUCAUUGACUGGAAUAGGUCCAAGAACUGGCAUCACAGGUCUUAUUCGAGGCCUUCAGUUGUGGAUUGAGAAUCAAGAGGUGUUAAAGGAGUUUGUGGCUUUAGAACAUUUGAAACCAAUAGAUGACUGCAGAACUGGCAAAGCACCAGAAAACCGGGAUAAAAACAGAUACCGAGAUAUUCUUCCAUAUGAUAGAACACGAGUUCCUCUGGGAGAAAAGAAUGGCUACAUUAAUGCAAGUUACAUUAGAAUGAAAGUUGGAGAAGAAGAACAUUUCUAUAUUACAACCCAAGGGCCUCUGCCAUCCACUAUGGCUGAUUUCUGGCAAAUGGUCUGGGAGAGUGAAUCAGAUGUGAUUGCCAUGAUGACAAAAGAAGUGGAGCUAGGGCAAGUCAAAUGUCAUCGAUACUGGCCUGAACCUCCCCUUGAGUCUAUAGACCUGGCUAAUUUCCAUCUCAGGCUAGACGAUUACCAGAUUCUGGAAUACUUCAUAAUUAGAACAAUAGAAAUGAUCAACAAGCAGUUCAACAUCAAGCAGAUAGUUAGAGACUUAAGACGUCAGCGAUUUGGCAUGAUCCAAACGAAGGAUGAGUAUUUAUUCUGCUAUGAAGUUGUGCUGGAAGUCCUUCAGAACCUUCAAGCAAUGGAUUCUGACUGACUGCAAUAUGACUCUUCCCUGUUGCUGUUCCCCUUGGAAUGCAGGGACCACUCAGUAAUUGCUUUAAAGUGAUGUCAAGCCAGCAUAGACAAAUGUUAUAUUACAUGCUUUGUUAGAUUACUCUGAUUUCUAAAGCAUUUCAAAACCUUGCUUAACAUGUCCCGGGUAAGUCAUUUAAGUCUUGGCCCACAGUUUGGAGAAAGAGCCAACCAGUGCUGCAACGAUGCUGUUAAAUUGAAAUGGAUAAUUUGCGUGU